AUGAUCGUCAAAGAUUUAGUACAACAAAUGAUUGAUGAAGACGGCGUCAUUUCGGUGGAAAAAUGUGGUAACAUUAACAUCUACUGGUGCUUCAAGAACCAAACACUACAAAAAUUGUAUGACUCAAGUGAGAUGCUGAAAAAGAAGAUACAUGAAGCAGAGUGUGAUAUUACCAUUUAUAAACGAGAGCUAGAUAAAACGCUGGCAACGGGGAGGCGCAAAAAAUUUUCUAUAGGUCAAAAGUCAUACAAUAGGGAGACUCUACUGGAAAAGAGAAAAAAAAUUCAGGAAGAAAUAAAGAAAAAGAGCAUUAGCCUACAAAAAAUAGAAAGUAUCAGGUGGACCACAGCAAAAAUUCAAGAGAACAAACAAAAUAUUCGCCUAAAGAAAGUGCAGCUGGAAAAAACUACUGACAACAUUGAGAUUCUGGUUGAUUAUCUAUACAAGAAAUUCUUUUUGAAGCCAGAACAGAUCAAAAAAGAAUUUGGAAUUCCAGAAGAGUUCAAAGAGUUUACAGAGGUUUAA